UCCGUUCUCNCUGAAGAAGAGUGCCUCAACUGCAGCAUCACUCCGGUGGCGGUGGAGAAAAUCGAAGUGAAAGAAGGGGACAAGUUGUGUGCCUUCAGAGACGACGACGACUGCAAGUUCUUCUUCACCUACAGGAUCGAUUCGGACGGUUACGUCAAAAUCCACGUGCAGAGAACUAAAGAUUGUCCGGAACCUGUCAACAUCCUGGCCAUCGUUCUGGGAGUGAUCGGAGGAAUCGUGGCCGUGGGUCUGGCCCUGCUGCUGAUCUGGAAGUUGCUGACCACCAUCCACGACAGGAGGGAGUUCGCCAAGUUCGAGAAGGAGAGGCAAAUGGCCAAGUGGGACACGGGAGAGAAUCCGAUCUACAAACAGGCCACCUCCACCUUCAAGAAUCCCACUUACGGAGGCAAGCAGUGAGCCCCAACCGUCAGGCGUCUAGUUUAGAACCACUCUAACCCUUUUCUUUUGGCUAAUUUGCGUCUGUUCUAACCGGGUUUCGGUCGGUCCCCGUCUAAAGAUCUGAUAAUCCUCGUUUUUAACCUUUUCGUUUUAAUUUAUGUCACGCGUGGGUCGACGGGUCGACCGGAGGGCCCGGUCGGCCUCCUUUUCCUACUUUUUAAUCGCGGUUCGUCUUCCGUUUCCGGCUCCGGGGGCGGGCCGCUUCCGUCCGCCGCGGCCCCCUCCGUCUUCCUCGGUCGUCGUGUGGGGCGACGGCUCCCCGACGGCCUCGGCGCCCGGCAAGCGGGGAGCGGGAGAAAUUUCCCGUCCGCCGCCGCCUCUGGCGCGACGCGUGGCGGACGGCGCGUCGCCUUUUGUACAGGAAGAACGGCGGUCCCAAGGGCCGACUUUUGUAGAACCGGAAAUCGUCUUCCGCUUUUGUUAUUGUCCGAAGCCAAAUCGUUUGUUUAAUAAAAUUAUUUAAUACCGAA